AUGAUGACAAACAUCCAGCACAGAUUCUCGCUCGAGCAGCUGUCGGCCGAGGUGUCGCUGGUAUCCUGUGUGGUCCUUUGGUACACGGUAUCGUCUUUUGCAAUUCGGCGCCGCGGCUUGGACCAGUACCAGUCGUUGUUUUUCCUCGUUGCUGGGGGGGCCGUUGCCGGGGUGGCCGUCGUUGUAGAGGCAAGCAAACAUGUCGUUCUGCUCGCUUAUGUACCCUGGGCGGCCUGCCUUGCGAUGGCGGCCAGUUCGGCGGCCCAUACACUCUGGCGGCAGAUGCUCCAACCGGAGGCGAACCAGGACAUGCUGGCAGACGGCAAGUAUUUUGCACCCUGGUAUAUGCCCUAUCAUCGCCGCAAUGGUGGUAUGGAGAAAGUGAUCGAUGACGACCAUCCUUGUGGGAGUGUGGAUGUCAUUGUUGUUGUUGACGAUGCCGCCGUUGCCACAUACAUUGGGGGUUGA